AUGAGCUCGCUCUGUGGUCACUUCGAGGGCUCCGGUGUUCCUCCUCCAAAAUUUGCCUUUGUGAAGGAAGAAGUAGCCACUUCUGAGGUUACGGCUGCCUACAAGAACUGGCUUAAGCUUGACAAAGCGCUUCUCAGUCUCCUAAUUGCAACUCUGUCUAAUGACGCGAUCGAGUACGUUAUCGAAAGCAAAACCGCUCGUGAUGCUUGGCUCAGUCUUACCGAUCGAUAUGCUACUGUCUCUCGAGCUCGUCUCAAUUUUCUCAAAACAGAGCUUCAGACUGCACAGAAAGGGGCAGAUUCCAUUGAAAAGUUUCUGCUUCGUCUUAAGCAUGUGCGUGAUCAGCUUGCACUUGCUGGUGUGUCCAUUUCUGAUGAUGACCUUAUGAUUUCAGUCUUGAACGGUUUACCUUCCGAUUAUGAUAUGAUUAGAACUGUGCUUGUUGCUCGUGAGACACCUGUUUCUCUCAAGGAUUUUCGUACGCAGCUCCUUGCUGCUGAACAGGCUGCUGAGUCACGUCCUUCCUCUCUUAUUUCUCCUAUGACGGCAAUGAUUGGCCAUAGUUCAUCGAUGUCUCCAACUCCAGGGGCUGGUAUUCUUCCUACACCGCCUUCUGUUUCUACUCCCUCCGGUUUUCAGGCUACCCCUUCUCCAGCCUAUGGGCCUUCUUCUCAGAAUUUUGGUCGUGGGAGGUUUCCUAAUCAUCGUCCUACCAAUCGUGGUGGUUAUUUUGCUCCGAGGCCAUCCGGUGGUUUUCCUAGGUCUGGUAUCACACCUGAAUGUCAAAUCUGCUCUAAGCGUGGUCAUACUGCUGUGAAUUUCUUUUAUCGCAACCCUUCCUCUACAUCAUCUCCUUCCUCUUCUGUGGUGGAGUGCCAGAUUUGUGGCAAACGUGGCCAUGGUGCUCUUGAUUGUUAUCAUCGCUCAAAUUAUGUCUAUCAAGGCUCUCCUCCACCACCUACUCUCAAUGCUAUGACUGCUCAAGUCUCCUAUGCUCCUGAGACUCUGUGGAUUGCAGACAAUGGUGCUAGCCAUCAUAUGGUGUCAAAUGUCAAUACUUUGGAGUCUGCUCAGCCUUGUGCUUCUGAGAAUAGAGUAACAGUUGGCAAUGGGGAAGGUUUGCCUGUUGCUCAUAUUGGUCAUGCCUCCGUUUCUAGUUCCUCUUCUGUUUUACACAUGUCUAAUGUGUUCCAUGUCCCUAAACUCACUGCUAAUUUGAUGUCUGUGCAUCAGCUUUGUAAGGAGAACAAUUGCUCUAUGAUAUUUGAUCAGUUUGGGUUUUCUAUACAGGACAAGGUCACCAAACAGGUGCUGCUCACAGGGAGGAGUCAUAGUGGCCUCUAUCUGAUUCCUGGUGUGCUGCUUUCUCCUUACCUCCUAAUAAAGCUGCUUCUCAUGAAGUGGCUUAUCUUGGACAACAGGUCAAGUUCUCCUUGUGGCACAGUAGGUUAG